UCUCCAAUGUUAGGGCUUGGGCUUGGAUUGUAAACAACGGAAACGUAAUCAACAGGAGUUGUUAUACUACAUCGAUAUUUGGAAAGAAGCAACGAAUCAGGGAAUCAUGUCCGAACCAACUGCCCCGCCUGAUGGUCCUCCUCCAUCCUAUGAAUCUGUGAUCCAGGGCCAAGUAGUACCACAUGUCCCUGGAGUUGAGCCCAAGGACAACAGCAACAUACCCCCUUAUGGGGGAUACCCUGUGCCUCAGCCACCAUACCCCACCCCAGCAGACGGCUCACAGCCAUACCCCGUACAAGCAAUGGGGCAGUACCAAGGGGCCUAUCCACAGGCAGGAUAUGGCUAUCCUCCUGGCACCGGAUCACACCCGGGAUAUGUACAAGCACAACAGCCUCAGUAUAAUAUGCCAUAUGGUCAACCACCAGGACAAGUGGGCGUGUCACCUGUGGUGUACACCACCAAUACCACCUUAGGGGUUAAUGCCCAGAACAAUUUACGGAGGAAGAAAGCCCUUUUAUGUACCACCGUGAUGAUUGCCACUUUUAUAGCAAUCAUCAUUUUCAUUAUGCAAAUCACCCUAUAAGUUAUUUUGGCUCAUCUUUGUGAAUGAGGACAUUUGUAACAAUAUCCAGGAUUGUGACUGUUGUGAUAUUUUUAUUGUUGUCUGUACAGUUUUUUAUAUGCUUCACAAUGGUUAAAUUUGUUAGUUCAGCAUAUCACAAUUAUUUUUCUGAGGGAACAUUUUCUGAUCUAUAAUUUAGUCUGAAUUAUUAAGAUUUUUUAUUUACCGAAAUAUGUUUGUACUUGCCAACUCUCCCUAUUUAGGAGGGAGACUCUCGAUUUUGGGCCCUAAAAUUUAGCAUUUUCAACCAGUGAAUUUGCUAAACUAUUCCUAUUUUCAAAGAUCUGAUGAUUUAACCUGAAAGAACAGCUCAAAAGAUGCCAUUUAAAAGUGUCAUUUUUUCUCAAUGGUGUACAUACACUUAUUUUAUUUAUGCUUUUAAUUCUGAGAAUGUGUAAUCUCCCAAAUGAGAUUUAAAACAGUUGGCAAGUAUGUAUGUUUACCAUGUAUACAGGUUUUACUUGUGUAAGCUGCAAAAGUCAUUAUGUAUAGAAGGGGGAAUGGGAGGAUGUGCCAGUAGAAGGGAUUUGGGGAGGGGGAGGGUGCUUCAUAUUUGUCUUUAGAAGUUGGGAGGGAGUAAGGUGGACACUGCAUUAUUCAAAAUUGUCUCAACAGUGUAUAUUUAAGGAUUGAACUGUAUACAAUGGUAGGCACUUAAAUCUUAAAGGGGUGCAUUUCGAUCCUUAUAUUUAAUAUCUAAACAAAAAAGAAUGUAUUUCAUUUUUCCGUUUUUCUUUUCUUUUGGUUCAUUAUGAGUUUAAACAAACAGUUACAAAAGAUGUGGGAACAGCCAUUCUUGUGGGAACAACAUUAUGUUCCUAUGGUUACCAGUUCCAUUAGGAAACCUAUAAAUUGGAAACCAUUUGUGAAUUUCCCGUCAUAAUUUGAAUUUGACCUGAACAAUUACAAAAUCAAAAACAUUUGCAUGUGUGGUAAUGCUUUUUCAUGUUAUUGGAUUAAAACUACAUUUUCGGUUGGAAGAUUUAUCUUUAAAAUGUACAACAGUAAUGUAGAUAUAUACAGGUAUAAACAGAAAGUGUGUAUUAUUACACUUAAUAUUUAUCUUUGAGAAUCUGGAUCAAUAUGGAGAUGGACUUUUACCAAGCUUGGCAUUUAUUGAACUUACCAUAUUUAGGUAAAUUUUUGUGAAUUGUGUAACCUCUUUAAUCUUGUGCCAUCAUUGGUGUAGAUAUAAAUUAUAAUUAACCUAUCUAUAUUAAAGAUAAUUAAGAUAAAUCCUAGGGUCAGUUAUAUCUUGUCUUGUCUGUAAUACAUGUCAAUCAAGGCUUAUUUAAUCACGUACGAUCGAAGGUGCUUUUUCGCUAGAAUUUAGCAAGUAUUUUGGCUGCAUAUUUAAAUGAAAUAAAUAAAUAAAAAGCAAUUACUUCACUGAUAAUAAAGAAAGUAGUGUUAGUUACAUUUUUUUUAUUAAACUUUCUACAAAAUAUCUUUAUUUUACAAUCUUCUUCGUAGAGC